UAAGCGGAACUGACGUAAUCAUGAAUGUCAAUAAAUAGAAGGAAAUCUCCAACUCUGCAUAUUCAUCGUAAGACAUUUAGUCAAAUUGUAUAAAAGAACAGUUUUCAAUCAAAAUGGAACUUCCUGGACUUGGAGAAAGUUGUCAAGCAACAUCAUGCAAACAGCUUGAUUUUCUUCCUAUGAAAUGUGAUGCCUGUGGAAAGAUAUUUUGUCGAGACCACAUUCAUUAUAAUACACAUGAAUGUCCAGAAUCAUAUAAAAAGGAUAAUCAGGUCCCUGUGUGUCCACUGUGUAACAGUCCUAUAGCUGUAAAGAAAGGAGAAUUACCAGAUGUUAUAGUAGGCAGACAUAUAGACAAUGACUGUCAGUCUGAUCUAGCAAAGAAAAGAAGAAAGAUUUACACAAACAGAUGCUCAUUUAAAGGCUGCAAACAUAAAGAGUUAAUUCCAGUAAACUGUGAUAAAUGUCAUCAGAAUUUCUGUCUAAAACACAGACAUGAACUUGAUCAUCAGUGUAAAGGAUUUGAAGAAACUGGUCGAGGGGUGUCAAGAGCAGCUGCUGCAGCAGUUAACAGAGCCAGUACUUCUAAUCAACCAAAACCUUCAUCUUCUAACAAGCCAAAAUCUAACCAAGGAAAACCUCAGAAUACAAUGUUAGCUUAUAUAGGAAAAGAUCUAGCAAGAGACAGAAGGGAGAGACAAUCACAACCUACAGUCAACAACACUACUAACUCAGUUCAAGGUGGAAUGAGUGAAGAUGAAGCUUUAGCUCACGCCAUUCAGAUGUCAAUGCAGGAAUCACAACCAUCUGCUCCACAGAAACCACUAACCAGAGAGGAAGAAGAAGAUUUACUCCUAGCACAAGCUAUAGCUGCCAGUCAACAAGAGGCUCAAGCUGCACAGAGGAGACAGCAGGCAUUAACAUCAGCAGCAUAAGAGAAGAAUUGAAGAACUAAAAUUUUCUCUUGUAGCAAGAAGCACAACAAAACAAGAGGUCCUGUAGCCUUUCUUGACAAGAGAAAAGUUCUCAUCAAGCUCAACUAGAUUACAGCUCAACGCCAGUUCUGCCCAGCACUUCCGACAUUCAUUCUCACGGUGCUGACUUCUAAAGAUCUUUCAUGUUGUUACAUUUGGUGGCAGGAGUUGGUAUUAGAUACUUUCAUCAUGACUGUUAACUUUGCACCCAGUUUUACGUUUCUUGAUGCUUAAAACUUAUUUACAUAAUAUUCUAGUGCUAAAGACUAAAGAGUACAUGUAAAACACCUUGUAUUGAAGGUUUUGGUUAUUUUAUGUCAUAUGCUUCUAAUGAUUGGUUGUAUGAUUUAUUUUAUCCAUUUUACACGUAUUUUAUUUAAGAUACUUUCAUGGAAAAAAGAGCUUCAAAUAGUGCAUUAUGGGACACAAUAUAAGUAUAUAAUAGAUUAUGAAUAUCCAUCAUACAAUAAACUGUCUGUAAUAUUAUGAAAUCUAUAAUAAUGAAUAUUUAUCAUUAUGUCAUCUUUGUCUUAUGUGGGGAAAUAAUCACAACAAUAUGAAUAAAAAUGUUAAGGAGAUAAUUAUUCUUGAUUUCUAGAAUGGAGAAUAGAAAUAAGAAAAAAAGAAUUUUACAAAAUUUUACCUUAAAUCAUGCUAUUUAACAGAAAUUCUAAUAACAUCAAACUUUAGAUUGUACAUGCAUAGAAAAGCAAUUUAUGUGAAAUGAAAAAAAAGUUAUAUUUUUUUAAUUUCAAUAUGAAAUUUCAAGGGAGCUAUAAUCAAAUGUUUUCUGAAAAUGAAAAAGAUUUUAGUUCUUUCUACAUAAAAAGAUACAUAAAUUAACUUACUAAAAUUAAACUGUACACUCCUUUACAAAUUUAAUUAUCUCCCUUUAUAAAAUUGAAUAUACUUCUUUAGUAAAUGAAUAGUAACAAAAUAAACUACUCUCCUGCAUGAAUUUGUUAAUUUCAUUACAAACAAAUAUGAACCAAUCAAUUUUAAUCCAUGCUGGCAAUAGACACCCAUACUACCUGUUAUUUUAUAUUCCUGUUUAUUUAUAUGUAGAUUUUAUUUUGAUAAAUGUACUUGGGGAAAGGUUUUAAGAAUUUUAUUCCUAAAUAAAUUGUAUAGAUAUUUUAAAUGUGAUGAUAUGAUUAUGUUAUUAAAAUUAUUGAUCAAUGA